AUGUCUGAGAAUGACCACAAUGACGAUCGGAAUGCGAAUGAAUCAAGUGAUUCGGAACUGGAGGAUCCAUUGAACAGCACAUCAGGAAAUCAAAGAGUCAAAACAGUCAACAAGAAAGGAGAUAAUCGUGCAGUAAUCGAUUCUAAAAGUUGUGAAAGUGAUCAUGAUAGUGAUUUCGUUGACGAUGAUAAUCUUAGAGGAGCAAAGGUUGGUAGUAAAACACCUCGGACUUGUAAAGUGAUAUAUGUUAGGGAAAACAGUGCUAGGAAAGGAAAACUAGAGUCUCCCAAAGUACAAAAAACCCCAAACACAAAGAACAAUCUCACAAAAAGCAGAGCAGCUGAAAUGCCAGAAUUAUCCAUUCCAAAGAUUAACGUGGGAGGAAGUACGAAAAAAUUGGGUCGACAGCAGAGUGUGAAAGACACAGCCACACAAAAAGCAGAGAAUGAAAAAGGCAAAGAGAACAAGAAUGGAGGCAAUGUGAGGGGUAAAAGUGGUAUCACAGAAAAGGGGAUAGAGGAGGGAGAGAGGGAAGACAGUUCUGUUGAGAGUAGUAAUGAAGAUUAUGAUCAGAAUUUAAUUGAAUCUAGUGACUCAGAGCUGGAGGAUCCAUUUAAUAGUAAAGCUUCAAAUAAGAGCAACAGUGAGCAAAAGUCACCGCAAAAGAAUGUAAAGAACAAUUCCCUUAAUAACUCAAAAGCCAGGAGGGGUAAUGACGGUGAAGAAUCGGAUAUUUCAGGAGAUGAAAAUGAGGUUGUGGAUAAAGGUGGAAGGAAAUCUUUAAGAAAGAGUAAAGCAACAGUUGGAGAAAAGAAUACAGACAGUGAGAGCAAUGUAAAGAAAGGGAGACUUGAUACCACCAAACCCAACAAGACUCCGGUCCCAAAAAACAGCUCCAGAGUAUUAACUAAAACAACAGAACCAUCUGCAUCUUCCACACCAAAGAGAAGUGGACGAGGAACUUCCUUAAAAUUGCCUGUGCAGCAGAAGAUCAUCACACAAGCUGAGCUACAUGUCACGACUUCACCUUCGUCGGGGGAGGAGAACUCAGAUGAUGAGGCUACCAGUAAUGGUGUAUACCACAGUUCUGAUGAUGAGCCAACCCCCGACCCAACAGUGGGGGAAAUUAUCAGUUCUUCUCCACAGAGAGCCACGAAUGAUCCAGAAAGGUCCAAUCCUGCCGAAGAGUUCAGCUCUGAAUCAGAAUGGGAAGAAAAUGCCACCUUUCCAGGUAUAAACAUCAGAAUAUAA